AUGGGAACGAUUCAUGCCUGCUGGCUGCUGCUGCUGCUGCUGCUGCUCCACCUCUCCGAGGGUCUUCCUCCUAGUCAGACCCCGGACGAGUUCGCCAUGCUGAACUGCACUGAAGUGAACGAACUGUGGAAAGGCUUGUGCCUGGAAGGGAGGUGCAGGCCCAGGAGCGAUGGCGGCUGCACCAAGUUCGGGGCGGCAGGAAUUUGCUCAACCAUAGCUGGAUGCCUGCAAGGAGACGUCGAGAGCAAGCUGUCAGUCGUGUCCAGCACGACCCCACCAAACAUCUUCGAAGAGGCUGAGGUUCUGUUUCAGCCUCUGCCAAUGGACCAGAGGUACCUCAACGUGAUCCAACCCGACAACGGACAUGUCCUCCCUGCCGCCUCCAGCCUCCAUGUCAAGGUGCAUGCGGAGGUCGUCUUGUCGUACGGUGAGCUGUCGAGCAUGUACAACGUUGAGGGUGGGGAGGGGAUCAGCCUGUAUGAAGGCGACGAGAUCAGCGUCUCGUCGCUGGGGCUCGGAGGGUACAUGAUGAUCUAUCUGGAUGGGAGGGAGCAUCAGACUAUGUUGAACGGCAGCAGCUUCCACACUGUCCGCCUGCUGGAGGACGUCGCCUUCACCGACGAGCGUCAGAGACAGUCGCUGAUCGUCCUCGUCCAGUUCGAGCUCGAGAGCCUCGUCGGAGGGAUCCAUUCCGUCGAGAUCCAACUGGGUAGUAAUGGCCCGGAUCGCAUUUCCUAUCCCCCUUGCCAGUUCUGGUUCUUGGUGGAGACGCAGGAGGUCCGAGGGGAGAGGGAGAGCUGGUGGCUGACUCAGUCCGGGUUGCUCAUGUCGAGGAUACAGGAGCUUGAAGAGCAGGUUCUUUUCCUUCGCUCACAGCUGGAAUCUCAUGACGUCAAGCACAAGCGGAUCCAAGAGAGGAAGAGCCGGGCCCCCAAGCAUCUUGUCUUCGAGCUCGGAGCCAAUGACGGCGCGUGGAUCAGAGACUUCUGCGAGAAGAACCCAGGCUUCCAGCCGCACAUCUUCGAGCCUCAGCCGAGGUUCGCGCAGCCUCUGAGCGACAUCGCUCGCAAGUUCAACGGUCACUUCCAUCAGAAGGCUGUCUGGAAGCACGACGGCGAGAAGAUUCGCUUCCACGCGCACAGCGACGAGGGAGGCAUCGGGUCCUCCAUCAUGAACGACCAUGCCUACCACCAGUGCGGCUCCAAGGUGUGCGAGCAAGACUUCUCGCAGGAGUACGAUGUGGAGACAGUAGACAUCGUGAGGUACAUCAAGGAGGGAGCGGAGUAUGAGGUGAUCCGCAAGAUGAUCACGUCGGGAGUCGCGUGCUGGCUCGACUACCUCGAGUUCGAAGGCCAUGCCAUGUACUCGCCUCAGACCUACAAGUAUCGAGCCGUUGACGCCGUCGUCCCCUGGCUUUUGCACUCUUGCGGUGUACAGACGCUUGUGCAAGAUUGGUACACGGAAGACUGGAAGGCUUCAGCUGCUGCUCGUUGCUUGGCGGCGUGGGAGGUGACGAGCUGGGCCGACACUGACCCCCAGGGCCUUCUCGAGCUCUGCGACUGCAUCGAACGCACAUUGACAGUCUCCAUCCCGACGGAGAUGCGACGGAGCUGCUCAAUCAAGUCGUUCACCAGCUGGGCAUCCCUGGGUGAAGCCCCGUCCUCGGCCCCGUCGCUGCCAGGGUAA